AUUAUCUUAAUGUUAGAAAUAUGCUCCUCCAAGCAAGUGCUACAUUUGGUAGGAAAAGAGAUAAUUAUAAAAAGAUAGAAUGACUACAAUCAGACCUUUGGAUAUAAUUUUCAUAACCACUUCUUCAAAGGGUUGACAAAAGAUUGCACUUGAAUCUAAACUGAUAUAAUGACAGCUGCUCAUGUUCAAUUCAAUCCAUCUUUAUUUGUCCUUAGCAUCUCCCAAUCAAUGAGACUGUCUUAACAUAAAUUUUUAGUUUGUUGCAAUGUAACUGGAUAAAAAGAAAGGAGGAUGAAAACAGUCACCGAUUGCUUCCAGUAGUUCUUCUGAAAGACAAAACACCCAUACCAAAUCAGGCAUUGUGGAAAUAUUAAUCAAGCCUAGCUGUUUUAGAUGAGGCAUUUAGGAACUCUGAUAUCUAGUCGCUACAACCUCUGAGAAUGGUUGGCAGCUUCAAAGUUUUUAUGAAGGAAUUCAUUCUACUCAGAUUCGCUGGGCUUCAUUCCAACUAAUUAGUCAGUUUUUGUUAAAUUUACAAGAAAAUGGAUCGCUGUGAUACUUCUGGAUUUGUAAGCGGGGGUGGGAUGUUCUCCUUAAGAGACAUCUAACCCUAGUUUUGUAGCUAAUUUUCUUGAUCCCAGAAGUCAGGUGUACUGUUCAUUGAGGUUGAUAUUAGGUUUUGGAAAUCACUUUGUAUUUUAGUCAUUGUUUAUGGAGAACAAGUUUCAGAACUUGGGCUUUGCUUCUAAUUAUCCCUCAAACGCAUUCAACAUUUUAGGUAGUUUAAUGCAAGUUGGAGGAGCUGUGGCUGAAUAUAGUGCAGAUACUAUUUUACGUCUUGAUUCCCCUGGUUCUUCAGUCACUUACAGGUCUCCAUCAAAGGGAGUUAAACGGAAAUGGAAUUUAAUAGAUGGAUCCAUGGGUCAAUGUGUUGGCUCUUCAUUGUCUCUUGGGCUAGGCCGCACAUCAAGUUCCUCAGACAGCAAGGGAAGUUCAGCAACUGUUUGCACUACAAUGUCUUCAGCCAAAGAAACUGAUGAGGAGUCGUCAAUGGAGCUUGAAUUGGACUUUUCCCUCCACCUGGGUAAUGACAAAAUGUCAAGUCAAAAUAAAUCUGCUAGUUCAAAUCUUAAAGAACUAGAAUUGCAGCCCAAGGUUGAUCUGGAGUUGAGUCUUUCUACUGGUCCAUCUGAAUCUGACAUUACUAGUGUCUAUCCAUAUCCAAACUCCACUCCAUUUGAAUUUGGCAUGGAGAUGCCACUUGCUGUUGGUGGGGCUACAAAUGCGGAUGAAGGAUCAACAUCAUGUAGUUGGAAAACUGGGAUUACAUUGCUUCUGUCACAGAACAAAGAGGCUAGCUUCUUCUCCAACCAUUUUCGAAGAACUUGUGAUCCUACUCUUAUUGUUCCAGACCACUCAUCGAGUGUGAUAACAGUGCCAAAAAGUUCAGUCACCUGUACUUCUGGGAUAACACAGCGGCAACAGCCACAUCAACGCAGCUCUAGUUCCAAGUUGUGUCAGGUUGAGGGAUGUGGAAAGGGAGCCAGAGGUGCUUCUGGCCGUUGCAUUUCACAUGGUGGUGGCAGAAGGUGUCAGAAACCAGGUUGCCACAAGGGAGCUGAGGGCCGGACUGUGUACUGCAAGGCCCAUGGGGGUGGACGGCGAUGUGAAUUCCUUGGUUGCACAAAAAGUGCAGAAGGUCGCACAGAUUUUUGUAUUUGCCAUGGUGGUGGUCGAAGAUGCAGUCGUGAGGGUUGCACUCGGGCUGCAAGAGGGAAAUCAGGAUUGUGCAUUCGGCAUGGUGGUGGGAAAAGAUGUCAAAAAGAAAACUGCACAAAAAGUGCUGAAGGCCUCUCAGGCCUUUGCAUUUCACAUGGAGGUGGUCGUCGAUGCCAAGCGAUAGGAUGCACAAAAGGGGCUCAAGGGAGCACAAUGUUCUGCAAAGCACAUGGUGGUGGAAAACGCUGCACGGCUUCAGGAUGUACCAAGGGCGCUGAAGGGAGCACACCUUUCUGUAAGGGUCAUGGAGGAGGGAAAAGGUGUGCCUUCCAAGGUGGCGGGGUUUGUACGAAGAGUGUCCAUGGCGGGACCAACUUCUGUGUUGCACAUGGGGGUGGCAAGAGAUGUGCUGUAGCUGAGUGCACCAAAAGUGCAAGGGGACGAACAGAUUUUUGUGUUCGUCAUGGUGGCGGAAAAAGAUGCAAGUUUGAAGGGUGUGACAAAAGUGCCCAGGGCAGCACAGAUUUCUGUAAGGCACAUGGUGGGGGGAAAAGAUGCUCUUGGGGCCAUCCUGGCUCAGAAUAUGGUGUCCAGCCUACUGGUCCUUGUAACUCAUUUGCCAGGGGUAAGACAGGUCUCUGUGCGCUUCAUAGUGGUCUGGUGCAGGAUAAGAGGGUUCAUGGUGGUGUCACUCUGGGACCCAUCAUCCAGGAACCCAAAGUUAGCCAGCCUGAGAAGAUGAAAGAAGUUGUCAUUGCUGAGGACAUGAAUGUGGAUAUUGUGAAGAUGGGUCCUAAUCUUGUGGCAUCAGCAAGCAAAACUACUAAUCUGAAAACUUUUGGUGUCCCAAAUGCCCAUAGCCCUGUUGGGGAACCAGGCUUGCCAACAAUGUCAGUCUUCGUGCCAGAAGGCAGGGUGCAUGGUGGCAGUUUGAUGGCAAUGCUGGCAGGUGGUUCGGGCAUUGGCUCAAGCAGCAGCCAAGUUGUAGCAGGUGAUUCAGAGGCCAGGAAAUCUCACAUGAUGCCUCGGAGCUGGAUGUAGGUUUCCUCUUGCCAUUGUAUUCAUUUUGGCCUCAGCAAUAGGUAAAGUUUCAUGGAUGGUUGUGUCCUUUGCAUUUAUGUGGUUUAGUCUGUUGGUGUUCUGAACUUGUUCUCAUUCAUUUGUUCAAAUGGCAAGAAAGGUAUAAGAGCUUUGACCUCCCAUGCGUGUCAAUUUGGAUAAAUCAAGUAGGACUUAAUAGGUCUCUGGUGUUCUUCCCUGUAAAUACCUACGUGUGUCCAGCUGGUGGUAGCAUACUCAGGUAAAGGUUAUUGCCUGUAUGGUCGGUCAGUUUGUCAAACAUUUUCGCAUUAAUAAAUCCUUGUAGUGUAUCA